GAGCCGCGCCGGGCGGAGCCGGCCGGGGCCCGGCCCAGCCUAACCCGGCACGGCCCAGGCCGGCUCGGCCCAGCCGUGCCCGAGCACGCCGUGCCCGCCAUGGCCAUCGCGCACAUCGCCACCGAGUACGUGUUCUCCGACUUCCUGCUGAAGGAGCCGCCCGAGACGCGCUACAAGGGGCUGCGGCUGGAGCUGGCGCUCGACAAGAUCGUCACCUGCAUCGCCGUGGGGCUGCCGCUGCUCCUCAUCUCCCUCGCCUUCGCCCAGGAGGUCUCCAUCGGUGCUCAGAUAAGCUGUUUUGCACCCAGCUCUUUCUCCUGGCGACAAGCUGCUUAUGUGGACUCCUACUGCUGGGCAGCUGUGCAGCAGAAGCAACCAUCCCAGAACAACUUAGAAAACAUACCCCUGUCACUGCAUAAAUUCUUCCCAUACAUCCUUCUGCUUGUUGCUAUCCUGCUGUAUCUGCCAUGUUUGUUCUGGCGCUUCACUGCAGCACCUCACCUUUCCUCAGACCUGAAAUUUAUUAUGGAAGAACUUGACAAAGCCUAUAACAGGGCAAUCAAAGCUGCUAAUAGCAUUCGAAGUGGAGACCCCAGGGACCCUGCUGACUUGAUUCCAGCUGCUAAUGAGAACUUGACACAGAGUUUGUGGGAAAUAUCUGAAAGCUACUUUAAAUACCCAAUUGUGGAGCAGUACCUGAAGACAAAAAAGAAUUCCAAGUGCUUAAUAGUUAAAUACAUUACGUGCCGUUUGCUCACACUAGUAAUUAUUUUCAUUGCAUGUCUCUAUCUGGGCUACUACAUUCGUCUCUCCUCUCUGAGUGAUGAGUUUCUUUGCACUAUCAAAACUGGGAUCCUUAAGAAUGACACAACUGUUCCAGAAGUGGUUCAGUGCAAGCUUAUUGCUGUUGGUGUCUUCAAGGUACUCAGCUAUAUUAACUUGAUAGUCUAUCUGAUGGUGAUGCCCCUGGUGGUGUAUGCAAUGUUUGUUCCAUGGAGGUGGAAUUCAGGUGUUCUCAAAGUGUAUGAAAUCUUGCCAACUUUUGACGUUCUGAAACUUAAGUCAAAGCAUUUUGAUGACUUAAGCCUUUACCUCCUCUUUCUUGAGGAAAACGUGAGUGAACUGAAAUCAUUUAAGUGUCUUAAAGUGCUGGAGAACAUUGCAGUUUCUGAGAAGUUUGAUGUCAUGCAGCUUUUGGUAAACCUUGGUACUAUUAAGACUGAUACCAUAGAUGGGAAGCCAGGGACUGCUGAGUUGGAGAAGCCUGAAGAAACAACUACAGAAGAGCUGGAAAAAGAUGCAAUAGAGUUACAAGUUCUGACAGGCCGUGAUGCAAGUGGCAAUGUGAGCACAAGAGAAGACAGGAGACUUCGCCAAAGGCUUACAGAUUCUUCGUGCUGAUGCUUCCCAGCUGCAGGAGCCAGGAGCCCAUUCCAUGGGAAGGCUCCUCCACUGCGCUUAGCGCAAGGUGCUGCUCUUUAAUGCAACGUUCUCGAUCGCCUGACAGCUCCCCAGAGGCCAGACUGGUUUACGGACUAUUUGUUGUAUAGUAAUCAGGAGUCAUGUGCCUGAAAAAGCAUGUUGUAUGCUUCUGUUAUUUAUUAAAAAAAUCAAACCACACACAAGGAGGAGCAAGAAGAAAACAAUUCUGUCAUAAGUAACAAGUGAUGUGCAUUGAAUGCAGUUGAAGCUGGCAGCUGGACAGAGCUCGCUCCAUGCUGGACGGGGAUGGGAACACAACCCUGCAGGCUGCAAAAAGGUAUGGCCACAUUGCAUUCUGAAGUGUUGCUCUGCAGCAGUGGCCAUCUCAGUUCUGGGGUUUGAGUGAGGUGACUUCGGGCUCUCUGACCUGGAAAAGGGGGGCUGGGGGUGGGGUUUUAUAAUUAAUCUGGUUAAUCUGUCCGGGAUGGUGGCUGCCGCUGGUACUGGCUGUGUCUUCAUGGCAAAAAUAGAGGUUACUCUGCUCAGCCUGAGAUGUCUCAGUUAGUCAUCCCAACAUUCGUGUCUGGGAUUAAGUACUUGACACUGGUGGAAAAGAGACUACAAACAGUUUUAGUGUUAAGAAGGUACUGUAAAUACUAGGGAUUUUGAGUUUUCUAUGUAUUAAUAAAUUAGUAAUGUCUUAAUAAUGUUAAUAAUGUUUUUACAAAAUGUGAUGAUGUGUAAACUAAGCGCUGGUUUAAUUUCUAUCCCUCAGUUGUUUUGGUCUUAGUGUCUUAAAAAUCUGCCUUGGACGUUUGGACUGAAGAUCAGUGAAAUUAGUUCUAUUUUUGUAAUGGUUUAUUGAAGUUGUUUUGUAAUGUUUUUAUGCGUAGAAUUUUUCUCAACUUGUUUGUAGUAUCAAAUGCAAUAUUAGUUGUGGUGUUUUCCAAACCACACUUGAGAAGACAAACUAACUUGUGUUAAAGUAGCACCCAAAUGCCUCAGCAGAGCCAAGCACCCAACAGCCAAGGUGAAGCAGAUGUAAAUACUAUGAAAAGUUGUUCUCCCCCACACACAUUGUGACUGUAUUUUAAUUAAAGAAAAGAUGCUUAAGUGUAUUGGAACAGACAAAAUAAGGGGGAGUGUUUGUACAUAGGUUUGUUAUCAGACCAUUUGGAGAGAGUAGAAUUCAGCUUUAAUGUUGUCCCUUCCACCCAAGACCUCAACCUUCACUGAGUAUUAAAAUGACCUCUGUCUUGAAAUACUAGAUGGAAGGUGAGGUGGGUGGGGAGAGUGAAGCUCCACAGUGGCAGUGUGUAUCUUUCACAAAUGUGAUAUACUGACUUGUUUUUCUGUAUUGUCCAUGAAAGUGAAAUGACUUACCUGUCACCUCUUCCAACUUGGCUUUUUAAACAAAGGAGGACUUCUUUUAUAGCUAGGUAAGACUUCCAGUUUUCAGUUCCUUAGUGUCACCCACUUUUGUGCUCUCGUCUGCUAGCAUUCUCCAUAUGGUUGUGGAUGAGGGGCAAACAGGAGUAACUGGUGUUACCAUUUUUGCACAGAACUCUUUAUGUGCUGCAGCAGAUUUCAGAGGUUGUGCCCAUACUUGCCCCCGGCAGCCACUGUGAACGAGUGGAUCUGAAAGUGCUGCUGUGCUAUACUUAGGGCUAAUAUUGCAAGAACUCUUCUGUUUUCUUAUGGCUUUCAACUAAGACAAGCCUUAUUUUAAAAGAAGUCUUUAAAGCCAUAGUUUUAUGCUACCUCUGCCCAGGACAGCAGCACAGCUGCAAUCCUCAUGUCUCUUGCAUUACCAGCACAAAACAGGGCUUAUGUUGGACACUGGUGGUCCACACUGCUGAAUUUUACUGCCAUAAUUCUGCCACCAAGCUUAUGAUCCCUUUGACCUUUCCUAGUUUCUGUCUGGCUGUGGUGAUGUGUUGCUGAUGGUCCUUUGUAUGUAGGCAGUGCAGGUGCACAUUGUACAUUGUAUGUCUUGGACAAGGAGCUAUAGUGCAAUACUAAGAUUUUGUGAUGUGGAUGUGUUUGAACUGUUUGAUGUAAGUAGAGUUUUCAGUCUUUAAAAUUCAAAGCUCCUGAAAGCCACAUGUUCAUGUUUCAUGUUGGAUAUCUACCUAACUUUUUAUUAAUUCCCCUUUUGUACUAAAAAAUAUGACUUGCUGCAGUGAAUCUGUUGUUGUCUUCUAAAGUGUUCAAUAAAAUGCCUAUCAAUCCUCCUUGGUUAUUAAAA